CGGAGGCGGGGCGGGUGUCACUGCCCCCGCGUGGGGAGCGUCCCGCGGGUCGGGGCAGCCACGCCACCCCCUGUCCGGAGGGUCCGGCAGCAGAGCCCCCUCCCGAGAGCCCGCAGGGGACCCCGGCCAUGGCGGACACUGCUGCCGAGUUCCUGAGCCUCAUCGGGCUGCAGGAGCUGGAGGGGUGCCUGUUUGCUGAGAGGCUGGCGGUGGUGGCCGUGGGGGCCUCACCAAGGGACAAGGAAGAGGGCCAGUGGUGGAUGGCAGCCCAGUGGGCACCCUACCAGCGGGAAGAUGAGCCGGUGCAGAGCUGCAUCCUGGUGCAAACCAGGUUCCGAGGCAAGAAGGAUGGUGUGCCUGCCUCCAGCACCCUCAAAGCCUAUGUGACCUGGCAGCUGGAGACCCUGGAGCAGGAGGAGCAGGAAAGCCUUGAGCUCACACCACACCCCACAGAGAAGAUGACCCACAUUGUGAGCCACGAUCACGGGAUGACUGUCUGGAAGACCCUUCAGGAGGGAGAGGCAGAGCCACAGUGCCAGAGCUUCUCGUACAGCCGGGCCCGGCUGCAGGGGGUGCUGCUGGAGGGCGCCAGCCUGCUGCUGCUGCGGGUGCUGGCACGCCGGCAGACAAUGCCCCCCGACCUUGUCUUCCCAGCCAUCGGCACCGAGGGCGACCUCUGCACCUCCAGCUAUUCUGCCCUGGGCAUCCAGCAGCAGGCAGUGGGCUCAGCAGAGACAGAGGUGUUUGUGAUCCAGCGAGCCGUGCACACCAGCACAGGCGCCUCCACGGUGUGGCACAGCAGCUUCCUCCCCAACGGGCGCUUGGCUCAGCUGAUGCAGAUUGGCUCCCCAGUGCUGAUGCUUCUACAGGAUGAGUCCAUCCUCAGCAAGUCAGGUAAGUUCAAACCCCGGCUCCCGUUCCCCAAAGAUCACCUGGACUGGGAGGAGGACAUUGAGCUCUUCUCCUGUUUUCUGGACAGGAAGGAUGAGCUGCAGCUAUCCCAUGCUGCCUACCUCCAACAGCACCCCGAGGUCCGGGCACUGCUGUCUGACUUCCUCCAGGCAUUGCUCCUCCAGCAGCCACAUGACCCCAUCUCCUUUGCUGCAGAAUUCUUUGCCCACCAGCUGCCCAUUGGGACCCCCUUUGCCUCCACUGGGGCCGCCAUCCCCCUCCCCAACUCCUCACCUGGCCACCCUCCAGCUAAUGGCAAAUAAAGCAG